AUGAUAUCCAUCCGUUAUCUUCUGGUGGCGCUCGCUGUCCUCCUACUUUGCUCGAAUCCCACUACAGCAUCACGAUAUGCUCUCGGCGCACGACAAGAGACAAGGAAUGAUUCACCGAGCCCCACGCCUUCCCCUACGCCCUCGAGAACUGCAGAUGGCUCGACACAAACCGAGACGGCAGUCACCUCAUCCGACGAGUCAACUAGAACUACCGACCCCAGCUCGACAAGCGACGGGUCCGCGGUGGAGACGACGAGGGCGAGCUCAACAAGCGUUAACCAAUCUAUAACCUCAAUCCCUAUUGCAGCGUCUGGGACCGGAGCUGAUGCAUCUCCCACUCUUCCAAAUGGCGCACCUUUACCCACAAGUGACAACUCAACCACUACCGGAAAUGCUCUGCCUAUUCAACCGAAGGUUACGCCAUCCACUGGUAUCAUGGGAGUUUUCCUGUUGGCCAGUGGACUUGUGUAUACCAUCAUUGGGAUCAAGAACCGUUGGUUAUACAUAUCAAUGUCCGCGGCAUAUCUGACAAGCCUUGCGGUUACCGUUCUCAUCAUAUACGUCAUGAACCCUCCAGUAUCUGACGCAGUCCAAGGCGCUUUCUUUGUCGCAGCCUGCGUUACCGGAUGCAUACUUGGCGCUCUCGCUCUGAUAUUUCAAGACGUGACAGAAGGCCUCGGGUGCCUACUAGGUGGUUUCUGUCUCAGCAUGUGGUUUCUCUCCGUCAGAGAGGGCAGCUUGAUUAGGUCGGGCACCGGAAGAGCAAUCUUCAUCGGAGUGAUGAGCUGCGUUGCCUUCUCUCUAUCAUUCAGCCGCUACACAAGGACGUACGGCCUGAUAGUGAGCAUAGCAUUUGCGGGUGCUACUGCCAUGGUUCUGGGCAUUGACUGCUUCAGUUGCGCAGGGUUGAAAGAGUUCUGGAUCUACAUCUGGAACAUCAAUUCGGAUCUGUUUCCUCUUCACACCAACACCUACCCGAUAACGCGUGGCAUUCGGGUCGAGAUCGCAUGCACAAUCGUCUUUUUCAUCUUCGGCCUGAUGUCACAGUUCAAGCUUUGGAAGGUCAUCAAGGAGCGCCGUCAGAAGAAGGAACUCGAGCGCCGCGAACGAGACGACAGCCUGGAACGGAUGGAGGAGGAAGCUGGCCGGCGAAUCGAAAACGACCUCGGACGAGAACGCGCGGAGUGGGAGGCUGUUUACGGUGACAAGCGGACCAAAGUCAACGGAGCAAACUCUUCAGAUGAUAGCAUGCAUAAAGGAUCACUAAGUGUAAAGGACGCCCGGCGGACCAGUUCAGACAGCAUAGAAAUGGAUGAUCUCGGAAGCAUCAGGGAGGAGAGCCGGCAGGGCUUGAUGGCUAGAGGGAGUAGCAAGAAGAACGGGGCAAGCAGGAUCACUGUGCGAGUGGCGCAGGACGACGAUAUUCACCAAAUCGAUCCGCAGGGCAAUCUUAUCCAGGCACCAAACGAGGCCUCUUCGCGCAACUCGAUCCGUCACGGCAGCUCAUCGACGAGCCUAAGGGCUUCUACAGAUCUACCGAGGCCGGAUGGAGCUGUACACCGCAUUUCCAGCUCACCGAGAGCAUCCCAUCGCAGUUCGGCUCCGCCACCGCCCCCAAUCAUCCCUCUCCCGUUCAGGAUACCCGACAGCGGGGGCGAAGACGAGGACGACACCGCAUCCGUUUCCACAAUCCCGGAAACGUUGCCGGCUGAGAGACCUAAAUCAAAGCGAGCGUCAGCGGCAUCAGCUUUGAGGCGACUUUCAAUAAACAGAGGCUCAAGAGACCUCGGAGAGUCACAGGAAGCCCUAGUUGUACCACAUAUAGAAGAUGACGCGAGAUCCUCGGUUGCAGCUACGUUUGAUGAAAUUGAUGAAGACAGAAUAUCCCUGCCAGCUUUAUCACCUCCUACGUCUCCGGUUGCGAACGGAUUUGAAAAAGGCUUGCUCGCACCACCUUCCCCAAACAAGAGACCACGAUCUUUAGUCGACACUGGAGAACCGACGUCCGAACUACCAACUCGAUCGGCAAUGAGCGAGGGCGGCACGCCCAUCGAGCCACAUGGCGCAGAUAUCCUGAAGCCCCACCCACCGUCUGGUGCAGAUGAAGAUCUAGCUGGCACAGCUGCAUUGCGCAAGUCUCUGACUGCUAGCACUGACCCAAAGGCCAACGACAAACGUAAAAGACUCUCUUUAGCCAACCAGCAAGGACAAUCCGUGUUAUCCGGGACGAGACGCGAAGAUGCGAAGAGUGUUUCACGCAAGUCUAGCCCGGCGUCAGAUAUCUCUGAAGACGCUGUGGUUCGGGAGCUGGUUAAGGAGAAUCUGCCAGCAAAUUUGUCGAAGGUCGUGCUAUCUUACAGGACAAAUGAGUGGGCGAAGCAUCUUGAAGCGGCUGAGCGACCUCAGUUUGACGAGCUCGAACCGGCAUCACCUGGUAUGAGAGUUGAUAGCGGAUUCAGGGAAGCCGCUGCACCAGUGCCCGAAGCACUGCAACCGGCGAGCAACAACCCUUUCAGGCAUUCGAUGGGCCGAUCUGCAUCAGGCUCGCCGAAUAUAGGCCUCCAAGAUGGCACCUUAGACACAACGACGCCUCUGCGAAACAGCUCUGCCACAAAACUGGUAACGCGCGGUCUUCGCAACUCCUCAACCCCCCUCAUUAAUGAAACCCUCGUCGAAUCACCUAUCGAAGAGCAGCACUCACCAGCCGACAUGGUUGCCCCUUCUCCCCUACCUUCCGGCACGCUCCUCGGCCGCCGGGAGGGCAUAUUGCGCAGCAAGCCGCAAUCGACUUCCUUCAUGCCUUACAUGACGCCCUAUCCCUCCGGCUCAACUCCCAGCGUCGCCGUCAUCGCGCCCAGCGACUCCGCCUCCGUGCGCGGCCUUAACCUGGACCUUGAGCCCGACAGCGACAACAUCAGCCUCUCCUCGCGCAAACAGCAGCUCCUCGACGGCUCCGGCGGCGAAAACAUGUCCCUCGCAGAGCGGAAAGCGCUUAUCCAGCGCCAACAAGCCGCGCAGCUCCAAGCCCAAGCGCAAGCCCAAAUCCUAGCCCAGCAGCGGAACCGCCAAGGCACCUGGCCGCUGCUCCCGGACGCCCAGCCCUACAGCCACCUCCCUAACAGCGGCGCCGCCCUCCGUCAGACCUUCAACUCGCACCAGCCGCGCCGCAGCUCAGCAAUCGACCCCCGAAGGCAGGAGACGACGCUCGCGAACUGGCGGUCCAGCCUCGCGCUCGACAAGGUGCCCGCGGGCCCGAUUGUGGUGGAUGAGGGGCGUAGGGCGGCGAUGCUGGCGGAGCAGCGGCAACGGCAGAUUGCGGCGCUGCAGGAGCAGAGCGCGAAGGAGUAUAGAGAUGGCAUGGUUGGGGGGUUGAUGAGGAGGGGGGAUAUGUUGGAUGCGCAUCGGGAGGCCCUGAGGAGGAUGCAGGCGGGGGCCAAUGUGUGA